AUGAUGACGCUGGCAGGAAUGUUCGGCGUGACAGAGGCGUGCAUUUCUCAGUUCCUAAAGCGUCGGAAAGCUCAAGAUGGCUCUACUAACAGCCAACGCACUGGAAGACCACGUGUCACUGGUCGUAAUGACGAUAGAAACGUUUUGAAGACGUCUAGAACCAAUCCAAGACUCACCGCCCCUGCGAUCAGACGGGAAUUUUUCUUGAAUUCGCCAUCUCCGCCAUCCGUCUCGACCGUGAAACGACGUCUGAAUGCUGCUGAAAUCAUGGGAAGACGUCCAGUGAAGAAACCGCUGAUUUCUGAAAAGAAUCGAGCCGGCAGGGGGAAGUGGGCGAAGGAGCAUCUCAACUGGACCCGUCAAGACUGGAACAAGAUUCUGUGGUCCGACGAAAGCAAGUUCCUCCUCUUCGGGAGUGACGGAAUUCAGUGGGUUCGUGGACCAAUUGAGUCCAGAUAUCAUCCAAAAUACCAGUUACCCACUGUGAAACAUGGUGGAGGACCGUUUCGUCGGACCACAGAAUCUUGUUCCAGUCUUGACGGGUCCAGUUGGGAUGCUCCUUCGCCCACUUCACCUUGGCGGCUCGAUUCUUUUCAGAAAUCAGCGGUUUCUUCACUGGACGUCUUCCCAUGA